CGCCUCGUGGAGAAGUUUGUCGACGCGUGGAAGCAGCAACAAAUCGAUGUCGAGAUUAAGAAGAACGAGGAGGAGUCUCUCUACAAGAUUAAAACAAAAUGCGAUGAUAAAACCGAAGAUGAACAAGCCGCAAUUGAAUUUCAAUCAUUAUUUCCGUCUUAUCACGACGCAGAUUUUAAUGAAUUCCUUGCUAAAGAUUUGGGUGAUGAACCCGAGGAACAAGAGCAUGUCGAUGAAUAUGCCGGCGCCAUUAAACAGGAAGACAUUGAAUAUAUUUCGCGGAUUCAUACUGAUUUUAUGUUGGCUUUCACAAAAACUGAAUGGCUCAAUCCAAAAUCAAAGUCUCCGAUUGUUGCAAGUAACGAGUUUGCUCUGCUUCAUAAAUUUAAACUCCUAAAACUAAUUCUAAAGAAAAACGUGGAAUGUUUAAGUUACACUUUGGAUCGUGACUUGAUUGGUACCCUUAGUAUUUUACUUGCCGUGGCAAAUAAAUUUGGUAAUGCUGAUGCUUUCAUCAAUGAAACACCUAAAAAAUACAACUUUUAUAAACAUUCUAAUGUGGAGGAAGUAAAAUUAUGUUUCCAUUUACUCAAAGAUCUUGAAAUACAAAUUAAUGAAUUGUUGGAUCAAUGGCCGGAGCAUCCAACGUUGAAAGCCAUUAUGACAAUCAUCAAACGCAUCUUGAACUUUGAUAUAACAAGUCCUUUGCCACGGUUUCUCACUGGUUUGGAUAUAUUGUUGACUAAAUGUCAUGAAUGGGAAGAAAAUGCACAUUCAGGAGUGUCUUUAGCCAUGCAUUUCCUGCCUAUAAGUCAACAAAUCAUCACAUGGAGAAAACUUGAGAUGACUAAUUGGAAGUCUUCUUUAGAUAAUGUUUACGACAAGAUGGUGUCGUCUACAUACAAGUAUUGGUUUUAUUUAUAUGAUGUUAUGCGUGAAUAUAUCUAUGACAAAGCAUUUGAUGUGCCUGAAUUAGUGUCAUCAUUACAGAAGUUUAUUCUACAAUCAAACAUCGCUGAAUUUUCAAUUCGUGUGCGUUUAUUAUUAGCAUUCCAUUGUCAUGCGACUUAUUUAAAACCGUGCGUAGAAAGAGAUUUCUUCGUUAGCAUUUUAUGGAAUUUAUAUAAAUAUUACGAACAGUUUAUUCCUAAUGUAACACAGCAAAUGCGUACAUUAAGAACACCAAUUGAAAAGAAACUAAAGGAUUAUGUGAAGAUUGUCAGAUGGAAAGACAUUUCUUACUGGGCACUAAAGGAAACUCUGGAUAAGACACACAAGAUUAUUCAUAAAUACAUGCGGGAGUUUGAGGCAGCAAUGAAACAACCUGCGAAUCAAUUCAUGACAAACACCAAUACUUCUUAUGAGAAUAAAUCUUGUAAAGAAGAUGAUGAUAAAGAUGAUAAACGCAAGUCUCUUUCAAUGGGACAAAGCAUCGCAUCUAAGAAUUAUUACACUACGGUCGUGGAUAAUUACAUUAGUAAACUUAUAAUUAAACCUUUGAUUGGAAUUGACUCUGCCAUUAUGAACAACGCUUCUAGUUUCUAUAACAAGAUGAAGAGUUUAUGUUCCAAUGUGAUUAAUUUGUGUAAAUAUCCACAUUUGAUUAGAGAUUUGGAUUAUUUCAUUGCACAGGUAAUAAUGACCAGUAAACAUCUGCAAGGAUUAGAAGUGGAUAAGACUUUAGUGAAGGAAAAGCAGGUAGCUCAAGCAAAGGGUCACCUGCAACAGAAACAACGUGCUUUGAGUGAUUUGUUUAAAGCACUUGCAAAAAUUGGACUGUCAUUCCGAAAGGGAAUCGUUGAAAGUAAACAGGAUAACGUUGAUUCUGAUUAUACAAUUAAACCAUUGGAUUUGACAGCUUUAUUAGGACAUUUACAAAGGAGUGAAAUUGAUGUACAGUUAUUACAAGCAUGGGAAUCUGUUGAAAUUUACAAUAGAAAAGCAUUCAUGCGUUUAGAAAUUUUAGAAAACAAUCUAAAAGCCCCUGCUAAAGAUUUAGGUAUGCAGAAUAUUGAACGUUGCAAAGGAUUUUCACUACAUCUUAUGAAGAUCAUCAGAACAAAACGAAAACUGAUUGAUUCUGCGAAUCAACUUUAUUACAUCCGCCAUAUUCAAAUGAUGGUUGAACAGUUAUCACAAGGGAAACUUUUCAUCUAUAAACAGAAAGUUGAUGAUUUGAACUCGGUGCUAGUUAACACAGUUCAUGCAAUAAACGAGAUGAAAUUGAUUUUAUCUGCUGUACCAGAAGAAGAUAUAAACGACGAUAAAAUGGAAUUACCAAUCCUGCAGAAUUCGAAGUUUAUUGAUAAUAAAUAUGAUUCUCAUUGGCAGAGUUUAAGUGAUAUUCUAGCAGUGGCACUUAAAAAUGUUGAGAAUGUGUUGAACACUUUACAUCAAGCUUCAUCGGUGUUUUUCAUUCCAACUACAAUAUCACCAGGAGUUCACGUUAAAUUUAUUGCGUUUGAUAAGUUUGAAGUAAUAGAUUCUUCAUUAAACACUAUAACUGAGAGUUUGAAAGAUUUUACGAGAAAGUUUGAUAAUAUUGAAAUGGUUUCUUCAUUAAGGACUUUAGUUGAAGAGAUUGAAGAUGCAAGGAUUUCUUUGCACUCAACUAAUGAUUCUCCAUCGAAAGAAUUAAAGGAUAUUAAUAGUUUUAAAAGAAAUAUUAGGAAAACGGUUGAAGCUACACUUUUCAGUAUACAAAAUAUAGCUGAGAAGUAUGUUAAUAAGAAUAUGAAUGUCCCACAAGAAGGAGAACAGACAGAGGAAUUGCAGGAUAAUCAACUGAGCGCUUUGGUUAUUGAAGAACUGUGCAAAGAAAUUGGUUACCUUAACAUUCCUAAGAUUUGUAAAAAACUAAACGUUGUGUUGGAGACUGUAUGCAGUGCUAAUUUAACUGGAAAAACAGAUUAUCAAGAUGCAUUAGGACUGAUAUCACCGUUUCUGGAUCAACUUGUCAGAUUAUUUCAAUUUUUGAUAACUCAACAGGUCAGUUCCUUAAGAGUCUCCUACAAAAUGGCGUCGGUGCUUUUAAAUAUUUUCAUUGAUUUGGCCACGAAAGGUUUUUGUGUCCCACCUGAUUUAGAAUCUGAAAUGAAAGAAGGCGAAUCGAAGGUUACUAGCGGAAUGGGUUUGGGUGAUGGUGAAGGAGAACGUGACGUAUCUGAUAAAAUUGAAUCUGAAGAUCAAUUGGAGGAUGCACAACCAGCUGGACAAGAAAAGCAAAAGGAAGAAGAUAAAGACUGCAAAGAGGAGGAGAAGGGUAUUGAAAUGAGUGAAGAUUUUGAUAGUAAAUUGCAGGAUGUUGAAAAGAAGCCUGAAGAUGAAGAAAACAGUGAUGAUGAUGAUGAUGAGACAGAUGCCGAUGAGCAAAUGGGAGAUACUGAUAAGGGUGCUGAUCAGUUAGACAAACAAAUUUGGGGUUCCGAUGAUGAAGAACCACCAGAAGAUGAAAACGGGGAAGGAAAGGAAGAGGAAAAAGGUGAUUCUGGUGAGAAAGUUGGUGAGCAGGAGAUGAAAGCAAAGGAUGACCAAACAUCUCAAGGUCCUGAAGAAAAUGAUGACAAGGGUAAGGAAGAAAGGGAACAAAAACAAAAGGAGAUCAACGAAAUGGAAGAACCGGAAUUGGAUGAUGAGCAAAAUGAUCCUUAUCACGGUAAUCAACCUGAAUUGCCUGAACCGGAAGCGAUGGACCUUCCAGAUGAUCUUCAACUAGAUAGUGACGGGGAACAGGAGGAACAAGGAGAAGAAAAUCCUUUCGAUAUUGAUGCUAUGAAAGAACAGAUGCCUGACGACAUUCCUGAUGAUAAAAAUGAUGACACACCAAACGUUGAAGAUGAUAAGAAGAAUCCUCAAGAUUCAUCUGACGACGAAGGAGAAGAAACCAACAAGGAUGAGCAAAAAGAUAUGGAAACACAAGACACUGAGGAAAAUCCAGAAGGCGAAGAUAACGACGACAACAUAAAGAAAGACACGGAAGUUGACAACAAAGACGAUGAAGAAGCAGAGAAAAACAACGAAGAAUCAGUGUAUGAUCAAACACAAAGCCAGGAUAAUACCGCACAAGCUAUGGAUGUUGACGAGGCGACAGCAGCUGAUAAUGUAGAGAUGAAUCCAUCUGAACAGCAGAAAGCAGCUCCUACCGCUGAAGAUACAUGUCAAGAGGAUAAUCCUGAUAAAGAAGGAGUGGGGCAAUCACAAAUGGAGAAAAGUAAGACUGGUCAUAAGGGUGAAGCUAACGCUCAACAAAAUUCACAAAAUAAACAACAAGAAAUUGAAGAAAAGAAACGCAAUCGACCUGGUGAGACAGACUCAGACCGUUGUUUGGGUGAUAAUACCCAACAAGUCAAGAAAAAGAUGAAGACAAUUGAUUCUAAAAACAACGAGCAACAGGACGAUGACGCAGAAGAGGAAAAUCCUGAAGAUUUAGAUGCAGAAAUGUACAAACACAUUAAAGAAGCCAAAGAAUCUAGUACACAAGUAAUGGAUGCUGUCACACAGGAACAAGCUGAGAAGCUUAAAGAACAACAAGUUCCAAACAAAGAAGAAAAUGAGAAUUCAGAAGAAGCAACAGAAUCCCAAGAUAAACUACCAGAAGAUAAUAAUGAUCAAAAUGAAGAAGAAGAUAUUAGUAAAAUUGAUAAAACAAAAGCGGAAAAAAUUGAAAAUGAAAAGAAACAAAAGCUUGAACAACAAAAAGCACAAGGUGAUAUUUUGGAAGAAAUGACCGAAAUGGAGGUCGAAGGCGACGUGGUUGAAACCCACACUGUUUCAAGAAGCGCCGAAAGCACUUAUCACACGCAAUAUUUAGCUAAUGAGACACCAAAGGCUCUUUCAGUACAGGACAUGAACCAAUUAAGGAUUGAAGUGGAGCAUCAGCUCUCAGUCUGGCACUCGGCUCCUAAUAGUGCAGAAGCAGAACAAGCCUGGGAGAAAAUUUCUGCUCUCACAUCAUCCCUAGCUCAAGAAUUAUCUGAACAAUUGCGUUUAGUUUUAGAACCAACGCAGGCAUCGCGUCUUAAAGGUGAUUUCCGCACCGGGCGUCGCAUAAACAUGCGCAAAGUCAUUCCGUACAUUGCAUCACAGUUCCGCAAGGACAAAAUAUGGCUGCGACGUACGAAACCUUCAAAACGUGAAUAUCAAAUCGUACUUGCUAUUGAUGAUUCCUCAAGCAUGGCUGACAAUCAUUCCAAAGAACUCGCAUUUGAAAGUGUUGCGCUUAUAUCCAAAGCGUUAACACUUUUAGAAAGUGGGCAACUUUCUAUUAUGAGUUUUGGGGAAAAUCCAAAAGUGUUGCAUAAAUUAACGGACACAUUUACAGAAAAAUCUGGUAGCAGUUUAUUGCAACAGUUCCAGUUUGACCAACAAAAAACAUGCGUUGCUAAAUUAGUUGACUUUGCAACCGCCAUGUUGAACUCCGCACAUUCAAAUGUUGCUUCUCUUUUAGCCAAAUUAUUGAUUAUCGUUAGUGAUGGCCGAGGUAUUUUCUCAGAAGGUGAAACAUACGUUCAGCAAGCAGUGCGACGUGCCAAACUGGAUAACAUUUUCAUGAUAUUUGUUAUUAUUGAUAAUCCGGAGAACAAAAGCAGUAUUCUGGAUAUUAGAAAGGCUGUGUUCCAAGGUGCCAAGAUGGAACUCAAGUCUUACAUGGAUACCUUCCCUUUCCCGUUUUAUAUUAUCCUUCGGGACAUUAAUACAUUACCGCAUGUUUUAAGCGAUGCCCUUCGGCAAUGGUUCGAAAUGGUUUCGAAUGUUGAUCGCGUUUAAAACUCUUAAUAUUGUUCAUGUAUGUUUCAAUUUACUUAAUAAUAAAAAAUGUUUGCUUUUA